CAUGGAGGAAGAGCUGAGCUUCUCGGACAUCUACGGCAGCCGCCUGGCCCUGCAGCGCCGCUACUACUCCCCGUCCUGCCGGGAGUUCUGCCUCAGCUGCCCCCGGCUCUCGCUGCGCUCGCUCACCGCUGUCACCUGCUCCGUGUGGCUGGCGGCCUACAGCCUCUUCACCCUCUGCGAGAACAGCAUGAUCCUCUCUGCUGCCAUCUUCAUCACCCUCAUAGGCCUGCUUGGUUACCUCCAUUUUGUGAAGAUUGAUCAGGAGACUUUGUUAAUCAUUGAUUCCCUUGGCAUCCAGAUGACUUCAUCCUAUGCUUCUGGCAAAGAAAGCACCACCUUCAUUGAGAUGGGCAAGGUGAAGGAUGUUAUCAUUAAUGAGGCUAUUUACAUGCAGAAAGUGAUUUACUACCUCUGCAUUUUAUUGAAUGAUCCAGUGGAACCAGAUGAAAUAUCCCAAGUAGUACCUGUCUUCCAGAGUGCGAAGCCCCGGCUGGACUGCUUGAUUGAAGUAUACAGGAGUUGCCAGGAGAUCCUGGCACACCGGAAAGCCACAUCCCCAAGCCCAUGAGUCCCAGCAUUCAGAAGGCCAGUGCUGUCUUCCAUGGGAAGUGACUCCUAAGCCCUUGGGCUGGUGUGUUUCUGGAUUCUAAACCAUCAUGUGGACAUGGUCCUAGGAAUCAGAUGAAUGCAGUGGAUCUGAGAGCCACAGAGCAGGUGACUGGAAACCCAGCUCAUUGUGUGAUGUCGAGCAAAGUAUUUCUGUGUAUUUUAGUGCUCCCCUUGUAAGGUACUGCCUGCUUUACCAACCGAGGGGAGACCUUAAGAAAUGACAUGUCAAAGCUCAUGUCGACAAAGAGCACUUUGUGAAUUUCCCAAGCACAUUCAGGUUCACUUUUUGUUGAAAUAUGUGGAGCAAGACAAUGGGAAAGUGCUAUCAGAUCUCUUGAGACAGACAAUUUCUAACUGUAUAAAAGUUAAGAAAAAAGUCAAGCCCUUCAAGUACUGGGCUAACAGGAAGAAAUGUCCUACAAAAGACUAGUCUCUAUCCCCCUAGCUCCUGUGUCUGCACAGGGUUAGUUCAUGAUGACUCUCUUAAUAAACAGAUCUCCUUCCUAAACAUGCA